UACAAUUAUUGCAUUUAUGUAUAGAGUAUUGAGAGCACCUAUAGAAUACUCUCCUAAAUCUGCAAAAUAUUACCACAAUAAUAUUAUUAAUAUUAAAAUAUUAAUCUAUAUCAAUUUAAACAGAUUAAAGCAAUGCUUGCACUACAGGAAUACGGAAGUAGUGAUGAUAAUAGUGGCCCUGAGGAUGAGAGUCCAUCAACUCUUAGAAACAGAAUAGAGGUUAAAAACGUAAAUAAAUCACAUAAAAAUCUUUCCCAGGAGCAAUUUACACCAAUCACGUCAGCUCCGACGCUUUCCCUUGAAGUUUGUGCUGCACCUGAUGUCGUGCCCACUGGUACAGAACUGUGUGUCCACCACGUGGAUCCAACAGCAGUGGAGAUAAAACACAAUCCAAAAUUUGAGGAACUAUUUGCCCCUGAUGUUGGUCCUGAGAAUCCGUUCAGGACUCAACAGCAACGUCCUACUAAAAAUAUAUUAUCAGGAUUUGUGGAGAAGGCGCACAUUAGUGAAUUCCAAUUUGAAAAUCAGAGGAGAACAUUUCAAAGCUAUGGCUAUGCUCUAGAUCCAACUGUGGACGGAACUUGUGAAGAAGGAAAAACAAUAAUAGGAGCAACAGAAGUGGCAGAAGGUACAGGUGGAAAGACCGUAUUUGAGAAUACAGGACUUCGUGAAGCGGACAAGAGAAAACGACGUAGGAAUAACAAUCCAGAUGAUAUCGAGGGUUUUCUUGGGCCCUGGGGUGGAUACAUCGAUGAACAGAGGAUCUCCAAACCGACUGACGAAGAGGCUUCUGAGCUCGAGGAAAUCCUAGCUAAACGCAAUAAACGAGGAAAGCAGGUAGAGGAGAAACCCCUGGAGGAGAAGACUGUUCUGCACAUCAAAGAUGCAGUGGAUUAUCAAGGCCGAUCGUUCCUCCAUCCUCCUCAGGAUGUCGGUGUAAAUUUACGAUCAGAUUCCCCGCCAGAGCGAUGUUUCCUCCCAAAAGCACAGGUCCACACGUGGGAGGGACACACCAAAGGCAUCUCUCAGAUCAAAUGGUUCCCCAAGACUGCGCAUUUGCUGUUAUCAUGCAGUAUGGACUGUCGUGUCAAACUCUGGGAGGUCUACAAGGAGAGAAGAUGUGUUAGAACGUAUUAUGGACAUCGACAGGCUGUUCGUGACAUCAGCUUUGAUAAUGAUGGGAAAAGAUUUUUGUCCGCUGGUUAUGAUCGAUAUGUCAAACUCUGGGACACUGAGACUGGUGCCUGCAUCUCCAGAUUUACUAGUCGAAAGAUUCCUUAUUGCGUUAAAUUCAAUCCUGACUCUGAUAAACAGCAUCUGUUUGUCGCUGGCACCAGUGACAAGAAAAUUAUCUGCUGGGACGUGAGAUCUGGGGAAAUUACUCAAGAGUAUGAUCGACAUCUAGGAGCUGUCAACUCCAUAACUUUUGUGGAUGAGAACAGAAGAUUUGUCACAACUUCGGAUGACAAAAGUCUCAGGGUCUGGGAAUGGGAUAUCCCUGUCGAUAUGAAAUACAUCGCUGAUCCCACGAUGCACUCGAUGCCAGCUGUGACACCAUCACCAAACCAGAAGUGGUUGGCUUGUCAGAGUAUGGACAACAAAAUUGUCAUCUUCUCAGCAUUGAAUCGAUUUAAGAUGAAUAGGAAAAAGACAUUCACUGGGCAUAUGGUGGCUGGUUAUGCCUGUGGUUUGGAUUUCUCACCAGACAUGAGUUAUUUGGUUUCUGGAGAUGCAGAUGGCAAGGCCUACUGCUGGGACUGGAAAACAACUAAACUUUAUAAAAAAUGGAAGGCCCAUGAUGGGGUUUGUAUUUCCGUCUUGUGGCAUCCACAUGAACCUUCCAGACUCGCUACUGCUGGCUGGGAUGGAAAAAUCAAGUAUUGGGAUUAGGUUUUUAACUCUCAUCAUCCUGUAUAUAAUUUCUUUUUUGUAGAUAACGUGUGAAAACCGGAUAGCAAAAUAUAAGAGAAAAUAUUUUCUAUUGAUAUAUUUGUGUGAAACUUGA